AUGUUGAAAACAAUUAUUCGUCAAAGUAUUCAUCUUCAACCUAUUUUAAAUGCUCGUUUAUCAACAUCAUUAUGUAAUCGUUUACAUACAUUAUCUAAUCAUAUGAAUGUAUAUCCAAAUAACUCAUUUUGGCCAUAUGUUAUCGUAUCACGUCGUACAGCAAUACUUGAUCAACAUAUCAAAGAAGCUGAUCAAAUGCGUACACGACCACCUUCUACACCACAUGAUAUUGAAAGACGUGUAUUACGUAUUUGUAAUGAAUAUGAUAAAAUUCAAGAAGCUAAUAAAAAUAAUAUCACAUUGUCAACGCAUUUUAUGAAAGACCUUGGUCUAGAUAGUCUUGAUCAUGUUGAAAUAAUUGUUGCCGUAGAAAAUGAAUUUGGUUUUGAAAUUCCAGAUAGUGAUUAUGAUAAAUUAUAUACAAUACAGGCAAUGGUUGAUUAUUUAGUUCAGAAAAUGCGUAUUGUUUAG